AUGGAGAGUGAUCCAUACAUCAUCGCAUCUAAACAGAGAACACAUUCAAAGAAAAGAAGACCAGUAUCACAGAUUGUAAUUUUACCAACUAUAUCGCGAGCAUUGGUGUUGAGCCAGUCGACAACCUCUGUAUUUACACUGCCGGAAUUUGCUCCAUGUAGUAAUGUCGGGUCGAUGCGAGAUGUUAACGCAUUGUCACGGGAUAUUGACGAUUUUACAGUACUUAAUGAACGUGGUGAUAGUGAAUUUGCUGAAGUAACGGUGUUUUCCAAAUCUGCCAUCCGGCUUGUGAAAGUUUUUGGCGAAAGUUUGAAAUUGGCGGGAAAUAUUGAAUACCCAGGGGUGUUGAAUGGAGUUCGAAGAUCUUCAUAUGCUUUGGUUGUAAACAAUGAGUCGUAUGAUUUACUAGAUUUAAAGCAUGUAAGAAAGGUUCCUCUAUUUCCGUUGAGGGCUGCAGGAGAAGAUGAAGACCAAGACAGUGAAACGAGGGAAGAAGACACUUACGCCCAGAAACAACCAGGUACUACUACUGAAACGGCAGGUACUGAGGGCGAGACAAAUGCUAGUCCAACAGUCGAGCAAUCCGCUGAGACAGAACCUGUGGGAACGACAUUGACUAAUAAACAGGUUCCUGAGAUUGCCAAGGAAGAGGGAGAUGAUUCAAAAACGGGCACCGAAGAGAGUAAGACAAUCACUGAGACUAGUGCUCAAAGUACAACAGAAGAAGUUGAUAAGGCAAAGGAUGAAUUAACAGAACCUGGAUCAGAAGCAGAUAAAAAGUCUAAUGUGGAAACUGAUCCUACCAAUACUAUAAAGGUUGAAGAAGACGCUGGAAUGGAGGUUUCCGUGGAUUCCACUACUGAAGUUACUACAGAACCUUCGACUCAGCCAGCUCCUGAGGUAAAAGUGGGUGAAACGGCAACAAGUGAAGGAUCCACUACAGAGCCUUCGACUCAGGUAGCAACAGAGCUAAAAAUAGGCGGAACAGCAACAACUGAAGGAUCUCACAUACAAAGACCACGAGCUGGUAAAGGACAUGCUCCAGCUGUAUCAAUCCAUUCUAUUCAGUCGACUGGGUCAGUCGAGAGCGCUGAGAGUAAACCAAGCUCGAGUCCCGUCUCGACGACUUCAGCUACAUUUCCAUCCAUGGAAGGCGUACCAACUCCCACUACAGAGGUAGAAGGAAGUAAGAGCGACCAUUCAGCGACUGGCAAGUCUAAAUCCAAAAAGCAUGCCGAUCCCAUAAAACCUAUUAUAGUCCCUGUAGCCAGUGAUGAGUUUCUGGUUACUAGCGGAACGUCAGCUGUGGACAGGGCAAUGGGAUUGGUUGUUAAUGUUGAUGGAGAAAUAUCUCGUGGAACUAUUGCCUGGUCUAAAUACCCUUCAUCUGUGGCCGUAGAUUAUCCUUAUGUUGCCGCUGUUAUUGAUAAUCAAGUCCAGUUGCACUCAUUGCAUGAUCAAAAACUUGUUCAGACUGUAGAGUUUCCAUCCAAGCCUCUUGUGACUACAGUUUUGGCACCUUACAAAACCCCGUACACAGUACUUGUUAACAAAAUUGUACUCGCUCCUUUGGCUGUUGAAGAUAUUAAAUCACCGGACGUAGUGAGCAGGAUGUCCUCUGAGAGAGACACCGCGUGUAAAAUAUCCAUCUGUUCAUCGACCCUCUUUGCAUACACACCAGAAGCUGGUGUCGAGUGUCUUAUUCCUACCCCUCGAUUUCUUAGUCUUGAAAAACUCGUUCUUGUAAAUGGUCAGGUAGAUGACGUUUACGAUGAAAUAGAGAGAAUGGAUUUUUCCACUGAACUGGCUGUAACUCAACUACAAUACCUUAAUCUUUUGAUUGGCUUAUACUAUCUUCGAGAAGCUAAUCACACUCCUAGUCACUUUAGUGACGUGACCAAGACGUGGCUGGUGGCAUCCCUUGACCCUCGGAUUAUGAUUUUUAUUUUUGACAAGAAAAAUGUCAAGGGUGAAGUAUGGGUGUUUAACGGAGUUAUUUCGUUUAUAGAGACUUUACAGAAGACAUAUUCGUCGUCUAUGUCCAAGCUGUCUGAAAACGUCGUUUCAUUCCUGAAAACGUUCUAUAAAGACUGGUUUAAAAAGAGAGAGAUGGCCAGUUUAGGGCUGGCUGAUAAAGAAAAUGUAUUCAAGUCGUUAGAACUGUCAUAUUUGGCAUUUCUUUUGAAGUGCGAAGAAAAGAGUAAGGCCAGUCAGCAUGAUCUGAUCCAUGCAAUUGACAAUGAAAUCGUCCUGGCAACAGAUGAGUCGAUAGAGCUGUUACGACAACAAAAAAAAUUCUUUUACCUCUCUCAUAUGUAUAAUAAGCUCAAAAUGCCAUCAGAACUACUAUCAUGUUGGAAAGAAAUGCUACUUGAAACCAACCCUGCUUUUGCUAAUGGAGAAACUACUAUGGCUGAGUAUCUGAUCAAUGAGUGCGAGGAUGAGGGAUUAGUCUGGGACUACGGUGCUUGGCUAGUCCAAACAUAUCCAAAGACAGGAAUAAAGGUGUUUACAAGUCCAGACCUCAGGGUAAACAUCAAUGAGAACCAAGUUGUAGCGGUACUCAAGUCUAUGAACAAUGACGAGGCCUGGAGACAAUAUUUAAAGUUUUUGGUUUACGAGAAAAACCAGACUUUGUUUGCGUCAGAUCUUGCAACUGUCAUGCUCUUGGAUAUAGUUGACAAGAUUUCCAAAAACCCUGACGUUAGGAAGAGCUUGAUGGACAAUUACGACAUAUAUAAGGCACUUCCUGUUCCUAAACCGGCAUAUAUUCCUUUCCUUCGAAAUAAACUACAAAACUCACAGCCAGUGGUUCCCACUAAGAGCAAGGGGUUGCUUCUGAAAUCGACUAUUGCAGCACCUGCCGCUUCUUUGUCUCCUUUUGAAGAAGUCAUGAAAAUGCGCUUAGAACUGAUGGAGUUGGUCGAUUCCACAUCGGACUUUGAUUACACUAGUUUGAUGCACCUGAGCCAGGAUGAGCCUGACACGCUUCUAAUCGAGCAGUGUGUGGUGUUUGGUCACUUAGGAAUCCAUGAGCAAUGUUUGGAUAUCCUCUGCAACCGGCUCACCGAUUAUAAAACCGCCAUUGAUUAUUGCAUUUACGGAAGAAUACCAAUCUCGAUGACGAUACUGGAGCCACUUGAUUCACAGAUCCAGAAAGACCUUUUCCGACAACUCUUCCUUCGGUAUUUGAAAGUACCGGAUCCCGGGACCCGGAUCGCAUGUACACGGAUUCUUCUCGAGCAGUGGGGCAAUCGUCUGGACGUCUCGCUUGUGCUGUCAAACUUACCGGACAAUUGGCCGGUCGAAGUAGUCAGCGGGUAUCUAUCACAGUUCUUCAAGCGCACCAUGGCCGACCAGAACCAAGCAUCAGUUGACCGUUCCCUCGCCCGGUCUGAAAACCUAUUUAUAUCCCAGCAGCUCUUAGAGCUGAGCAAAAUUGCAUAUACACCCUCAGAUAUUUAA